AUGGAGAAAGUUCUACUACACUCCGAUAUUACUGGGAAUAACUACCUUACAUGGGUAGUGGAUGCCAAAAUCCAUUUGGAGACAGGGAAUCUUAGAGAAACCAUCAAGGAGGAGAAUAGUGCAUCAUCUCAAGAUCGGGCGAAGGCCAUGAUCUUUAUUCGUUGCCACCUUGAUGAAGGACUGAAAAACGAGUACCUAAUAGUUGAAGAUCCAUUAGCCCUCUGGAAUGAACUGAGAAACAAAUACAAUCAUCAGAAAAUGAUGAUUCUUCCAAGGGCUUGUUAUGAGUGGACUCACCUAAGGAUCCAGGAUUUCAAAACGGUAGUUGAGUACAAUUCUGCAAUGUUCAAAAUUAGCUUUCAGAUGAAGCUCUGUGGGGAAACCAUCACUGAGGAAGAUAUGCUGGAAAAGACUUUCAGCAUAUUUAAUGCCUCCAACGUGCUCCUGCAGCAGCAGUAUACAGAGCAAGGCUUUACUGAGUACAACCACCUGAUAUCUAUGCUUCUUGUAGCUAAACAAAACAAUGAGCUUUUGAUGAAGAAUCAUCAGUCUCAACCUACUGGAUCACAAUCAUUCCCAGAAGUGAAUGCUGCUUCCCUCGAAGUGAACACCACAUCCUCUCGUAGCAAUAAUUACAAACGAGGAUGUAGCCACAAGCUAGGCUAG